UAUCCACACUGAGGCUCUUGCUGAUCUUGUCACUUUGUGGGAGAGUGAGAGAGACUACGCAACAGCCGCACCAACUUUACCGAGCGCACGGACACUGGGAGAAGGGACGCGUCUCGAGCUUGAAAACGCACGCUCUCAAGCUUUUGUUACAGGACUACCUGCUGCACGACCAAGAUUACGACUGAUAGCUGUCCAAAUUGAGAGACGACACAUCAUGACUGAGGUGAUGAACACCUGUGAGUCGGCGGUGGGGGACUUUGGAGUUGCAGGCGCCCAGGGAGACCAAAGCAUCUCAUUUCAGAUCUUUCCGGACUCCCACGAGCGUUUCCCCAAGCUGUCCAAGCGGCUACCGUCUAUCGUGGUGGAGCCCACCGAGGGGGGGGAGGUAGAGAGCGGGGAGCUCCGCUGGCCCCCGGAGGACGAGAUGAGCUCCGGAGACGAGGACCCCCAGGUGCCUUCGGUCAACACCGCAGGUGAGGAGCAGCCAGGUGAUACAGAGGAAAAUGAGGAGGAAGAAGACAGAGAGAUAGGUGGGGCCUCAAACUGACAGACAGAAGUUGGCACCAAUCAGGCACCAGCGUUUCACUGUGAAUGUCUCUGAGAGACGGGCGGUGUGGCAGAGGCGGGGCUUUGAUUAGUCCCCACCCAGUGUUGGCACAAGAACCGCUUACUUCAAGGGGAACCUCCACCUCAUUGGACUGGACUGCUGACUGACUUUAUUGAAAUAGCUCACCUGUGCCAAACACUAGAAGUAGCCUGCUACUGUGAUCGAGUCGUCAGUUUUGGAUUGUUUUCUCUUUCAUUUUUUGAAUAACGACGGUCCUCUAGUGUGCAUUUUAAAACUCAGUUAUUCAUGUAAAGAUAUACUGGCAUAUAUGUAUAAAACUGAUCAUGUGUAGUUUAUUUUUUGACCAAAGUCUAAACCUUUCAACUUGUAUUAGAAACAAUGGUAGUUUUCAGGAAUAUGGGUUUAAAUUGUGUUUUAUAUAUGUCAGUUUGACUGCAGUUUUUGCCUUUAUAUAGGGGAACUGUAAGAUAAUAUAUAAAUAUUGUUCAUGUAGCUAAGAUGGGUUCAAUCUAUUUCAAAACAAAUAAUAGAUACAGUAUGAUUUUGAUUCUGUAAAUAUUGACGAUGAUGUCACCAUGGAUUAGCUCCUAAAGGUGUUAAGAAUUCUAUUACAUUGUAACAGCUGGGCUACACUGUGGGGUGAGUGCAGUGCGUUCAUUCGGAAAGAUUAGACCAGUCUUCUAAAAACUAGUUUUAGACUCCACGAACGGAAAACUUCAGUUGCACACCCGAUGUAGCCAAGCAGUAAGGCCCCUGUAUACACAUCCCCGGACAUUUUCAAAAAUUAGUAAUUUUUUAUUUCUGAUUCUGGCUUGAGUCUGGUCUUGGUGUGGGACCAAUCUUGCUGUAAUAACUUAGCACUGUCAGAUGCUAUUGAUGAUGUUUCCAUUGCAAUUCUCCCUUUGUGUUUGUGUAGAGUCCCUGUAACCAUCGUACAGUACAACACUGUUUUUUUGUGCGGCUGCUUGCCUGUAAAAUAUUUUGAGAUUUGUAUAAAUUCCUGCU